CCCUAAACACGAUGUUUACACUUUUCAAACUAAUGCCGCAUCGCAAAAGUGAUUCUCUUCUUGGCACUAGCAAGUAGCAUUCUGCAUUUGUAAGCCCAGCAAUGCAUCUUUGGCGUCAACGCGUCCUAGCAUUUGCGCUGCUUUUGGCUGCUGCCCGUGUCACUGCGCUGAAUUAUGUGAUUUUCGCACCAAAUAGCAUUCGGUCCAAUAGUACAUUUCCCGUAUCGAUUCUCGUGCACAACGCCACUUCGGGUGUGCAGAUGGAUGUGGCGCUGAUUGGAAAACCAUUCUCUUCGUACUCUAAUAAUUACGACAACCCUUUUGUCACGCUCGAAUAUGUGGAGCAAAGCGAUAAAGAUAUUUCGGUGUUCAGGAGGUCGAUUGUUAUCCAGGCUGGUAAACUGACUGUGCUGCAAAUCGAUGUCGGCAACCUUGCGAGUCUAACAAGCGGAACAGCGGCACUCGUUGUUAAUGGAUCAGACUCGUCGGAUUCGUUCCGUACCAGUUAUGGACCGUUGACCAUAAACACGACUACGGCAACGGAAACCGAAAACCCGGAAGACACCGGUGAAACGCUUGUGUUCAUACAGACCGAUCAGCCGGUAUACCGACCGAAAGACACCGUGCGCUUCCGCGUCGUGUCAGUGAAAAGAGUGGAACACAAACUGCACCCUGUUUUUGUUCCGUUUCAUGUCCAGAUUUUGGAUCACAAGUGCAAUGUUGUGCAGCAGUUCAGCAACGCUAACGACACGCAAGUGGUCGGAUAUUUCUCGGGAGAAGUGCCGUUAUCCGCAUAUCUGCAGAACGCAGGUUGGUGGAUUCGCGUGGUGGGCCGUUCCACGGAUGCCGACAACUACAGUCUCAAAAAUCCAGCCAGAGACCAUAUUUCCGAUUUUUACUGCCACGACAGCGACAAAACCUGCGAUCCGGUUUUAGCCAUGAAAGACUUCAUGAUCCUGAAUGAUCCUGAACCAAGAUUUUCUGUCCGAAUUGUGACACCGAAGACAUACUAUGUCCCAUCAAUAGACGGGGAAUUCGGUUUCCAAGUCUUUGCAGAGUACACUCCUGGAGAAACCGUCAUGGGAACAUUCGACGUAACGGUGAUUAGACCGCGAUCCAAAGACGGCGUCUACAGUACUGUAUGGAAUCAGACUAUUUCUGCGGAACAAUCCUGGUCGGUUUCCUUGCCGGCACAAAUCGUGAUAAACGGCACAGAAGAGUUCCAGCCUAAAAUACUUAUCCAAGUUAGUUUCACCGAGGCAGCUACAGGUCAACAAGAGACAGCUAACGCUGUUGUUGCUCUACAAACCGAAGCGUAUGUGGUCAAGAUCAACACCGAAACGAAGACCUUUAAGCCGGGAUAUCCGUAUACGCUGACGGCUAUGAUCACCGACUGGGACGGUCGUCCGCCACUUCCCAGUACCAAGAAAGCGCAAGUGGAUAUAUUUUAUUACGUUUAUGAUUCCCUUGGCCAGUCGAAAGCGGUUUCGUUCAGCGGCGCCGUGAACUGCGUGGGUCAUAACUUUCCGUCUUCAUAUGACGGUGGCAGUUACGGCGGUGGCGGUGGCGGUUACGGUGGUGGCGGUUACAACGGUUGUAACGCUCUUCCCGAUACCCGAUUCAUGGAAGUGCACGUUGAUGGAUCAAUCGACGUCAGCGUUCCGACUCCGAAGGAUGCCAGUGAGAUCGUAAUCACCGCUGUGUAUGAUGGGAAAUUCGAUGUUAUUAGUGUCCUGGCCAAGCAGUCUCCCAGCGGAAGUUUUUAGAAUCAGUCAGACCUGGAAGGAAUUGCUCGCCGGGAAAAGGAGAAGGGCAGGAUUUAGUAUCAAGACCACGACGCGAACUAGGGAACCUAUCCAUUUGGUGGUACUGUCCAGUUCAAAUUCGAGUUUUGUGUGGACCGAUUCAGUCUUGACAGGCGGUCGUUACGUGACAGCAUUUAUACCUAUUGCGGAAGCAAUGGGUUCCGCGGGACGCCUUAUCGCAUAUUAUAUAGCAAGCGAUGGUGAACUUGUUGGGAACAUAAUGGCGCUGUCCGUUGCCGAUCCACAAGUCAAGGUUGAGGUAUAUAGCAAUAGCUGCCCGCGGUAUGUUGAGCCACGCAAAGACUUGAGCGUUUACGCCAGCACAGAUCCGUCGGCAUUUGUGGCGUUUCUUGCGAUGGACGACAACCUGACGCGUUUGCGGUUAUCCCACGAUAUAACGUUUGAUAUUCUAAAGGCCACAAAAAAACCGUCACAGCCAAGACUCAACUACACGCCGUAUAACGCAAUGCUGUCUGUCGAGGACUACUUUACGAAGCCAGUCGAUUUCGGUCCGGUACAGCAGUUUCUUCUAACCAAUACCACACUACCAUCAGCGGUGCAUCGAUUGGGGUCAUUUUAUUGGUUACCCAAACAGCGAUACCGGCUCGAAUGACGAGGGCGGCUCCUCAGCAUCCAAGCGAUAUUCGCCAGUGUCGUACGCCAAUGACGGUUACUUUGGCGAUGAUCCCGAGCGCAUAUUUGGAUCUAACUAUGAUGUGAGAUUUCAAAAAGCUCGUCCCGACAGCCACCGUUACCAGCAGAGCGUCUUGUUUGAAACCGCAACGGCAGAUGACAAUGGCUAUGUUUCUUUGGAGCGAAAAUUUCCCGACGCCGUGACAUCAUGUUAAAGAUGUUCCGGCCGUUUUUCGUCAUGUUGAACCUGCCGUUCAGCGUGGUCCGCUUGGAGAACCUCACUGCGGAAGCGGUCAUCUUCAAUUACAAAUCGCGGUUAUUUCACAGAAUGUCACCGUUGUCCUGGCGAUUCGACAACCCGACAACAACACCGUGAACUAAACAAGAAAAGUGCUGUCCAUGCCGAACGAACCGAUGAUCGUGCCGUUUACCAUCAUUCCUGAACAAAUCGGUGAGCUGGUUCUUCAGGUCACCGCUCAGUCCGAGAGAGCAUCUGAUCGAGUAGAGAAGCGUCUGAUCGUCAAGCGGGAAGGUGUCACACAGUUUCACUCUCAAAACCGUUCUAAUCGAUCUGCGCAACGCGACCACGUUUGAUACGGUUCUGUCGCUGCCGGUUGAUCCACCUGGGAAGGUCGUCGGAUCCGAUAAAGUAACGAUAAACGUUGUUGGUGACAUUCUCGGUGUGGCGAUGCGCAAUCUGGACAAACUCAUCCAACUGCCGCUCGGGUGCGGUGAAAAUAAUUUGGCACUGAUGGCGCCCAGUGUGACAGUGUGGAAAUAUCUGCAAAAGGUCGGUAAACUAUCCACUUUGAAACGCGAAGAGUUGACGAAAAAUAUUCGGAUGGGGCACCAACGAGCUCUGAUCUAUCAGCAUCCGGAUUCUUCCUUCGGCGCCUGGGCCAGAACGCAGCCAAACGGCUCAUUCUAUGCCUGGUCAGCUUCCGAUGAAAACGGCUCGACAUGGCUAACGGCGCAUCUUGCCAGAGUUUUUGCGGAGGCGUCCGCAUUGGUUCCUGAUGUCGAUGAAACGGUGAUGCACAAGAUGGUCGCUGACCUUAUUGGUCAGCAGAGAGACGAUGGCUCUUUCGAGGAGACCGCACAAAUUUUAGAUAAACGCGUUCAGGAUGGAGAGUUUAAAGAUGUCUCGUUGACGGGAUUAUGUGUUCUCGCGUUCUUACAGUAUAACAGUACAGGGAAAGCUAACUUGGACAACCUGGACGAAGCCAUGCGAAAAGCCGUUACGUAUCUAGAAUCGCAGCUGGAUAAGUUGGGAAACGAUUCGUUUGCGUUGGUACUGGCAGCGUAUGCAUUGGCUAAGGCGAACAGUCCGAGGAAGCUGGAUGCACUGGCUCUGCUGAGUGAACACAUGGUGGCAGAGACUUCGACCAUUAACUGGACAACCGGAAGCAGUGGAGAUCUGGAUGCGGGAACAACUGAAGCAAAAGAUGUGGAAGCUUCAUCGUACGCUCUGCUGGCAUUCAUCGCCAAUGGAAAGCUCAAUACCGCGGCGAAAAUUGCGGCUUGGUUGGUAUCACAACAAAAUGCACAGGGCGGAUUUACCACCACGGCGGAUACCGUGGUGGCGCUGCAAGCUUUAGCGGAGUUUGCGGUAACAGUCACUACUAAAUCAUCGGUGUAGAUCGAUAUCAGCGGUGGACCCAAGCAAAGCGGUUUCGCGAUUACGCCGGAAACAGCACUUGACAUACAACCUGCUUUGUUUGCGAUUAAACCAGGGAGUAUUAAGAUUCAAGCCAGAGGAAGCGGAAUCGCGGUUGCUUCACUCAGCUGGAUUUACAAUCUUAUUCAGCCCAAAGAGGUUGUUGCGUUUGACCUUACUGCCACCUACAGUAUUGUUUCGGGAAAGGAACUUAGCCUGGACAUUUGUGCAACGUAUCUGUUGGGUGAUGCCAGCAGUAUGGCGGCGUCGAGAUCGACACGCUAUCCGGUUAUCAGUUUGAUGCACGAGAAGUUUAUGAGCUUCCGAAAACCGUAGAGCAGCUGCGUAAGGCUGAGCUGAAAAACAAGGACAGCAAGCUGAAUUGGUACUUCGACGAGAUAACCAUGCCAGGCAAGUGCUUCCGCCUGACAAUGUACCGAAUUCACAAAGUGGACAACCUCCAGAAUCAGGCCGUUGGGGUGUAUGAUUAUUACAACCCAAAAGAUUGACGUAAAGUUUAUUAUGCCGCGCCAUCGUUACCCGCCAGCCGCUAAUACGGACGAAGGCCUUGUCAAGAGCCAGUCGCAAUCAAGUCGUUUUGUCUGCUGUUUUUCUCUUCCCCCAAUCGUUAUUCCUAUUUUCACUCAUUCGUUCUGCAUAGAUGCCUGUUCAUGUGCCAUUAGACGCAGCAAGACGGCCAGUGACACCGUGGCAGGAGUUCAUUCAGCACAUAAUCUGUUGUUUUUUCAAAAUUUUAAUGCCGACCGUAUCUGGAGUUUCGCCAAUCUCUUUGAAAGAUUUUUUUUUGUUUUUACUGUCUGCUGUUUUCCAUCUCAAACGAUGCCAGUUACAAUUAAAAGCCAUUCAAGGUCAUAUAAACUGCCGCUCUGCGAUUUACGUUCUCAAAUCGCAAGUAUAUUCCGUCAAAACAUCCGGCACAUGUGUCG